CUUUUCAGGUUAGACAAAAUAAAAAACAUCAGCAAAAUGACAGUAUUAUACCGCAACCUAUAGUUUCACAACCGCCAACUCAGGAUUUCCAAAAAAUGCUUCAAGAUGAAUUUAAUAAACAGCAAGAAUUAUUAAAAAAACAGCAAACAGAGCACAAAGCUGAAAUAGAAAAAUUGAAAGCCGAACUCCAAUCACAAAAAGUGCAGAAAACACAGACACCAGUUCCACAAACCGUUGAACCGGUUAGACAGCCAAGAGGCCCCCCAUCAAAUUUAACAACAGAAGAAGAUUAUAAAAAUUAUUAUAUAGCGAAAUACUUUAACGAUUUAGGUAUAUAUAGUAAAGAAGAUUUAGAUAAAAAAUAUACUGAAAAACCUUUCCAAAGACCUCGUCCACAGCAAAAAGAUAACUCCAGAUUAGAGGAGAAAGUAGAUGAAAUUGGGAAUAUGUUAUCUCGCCUUAAUAUAGACAAACAACCCCAAAAACCAGUAGCCAAAACAAAUCGAACACAACGAUAUUAUCCCUUUCAACCAAUAAGUCAAGAAAAUAGUGGAUAUAAUGAAGAAGAUAAUAUAUGGUAUGACGAUAAUUCUGGCCCUCCAGAAAAAGGUGAGUCUCAAGGUAAGUCUCAAGGUAAUAUAAUCCCCAGAACUUAUGAUCAGUUAUUAUCUUCAUUAUCACCAGCAAUGCAAAGAAUAUGCAAAUUUUCGUUUACUGCUAAGAAAUCAGAAAUGAAUUGUCCUAUGGAUAGCGAGAAAACAAACGAAUGGUUUGAAUCUCUCCAAUAUUUAGUUUGCUAUGUAUGUGAUUUGACGAUUUACAAUACUUACCUUGACCUAGGGAGUGAAUUCAAUGCAGUAAAUAACGCAUUUGGGGAAGCAUUAGGAUGGAAACCUGAUCUACCAUUCGACUUCCAAUAUAAAGGUAAUUCAGAACACGUUGACAAAUCAUUGGGAUGGUAUACGGAUGUACCAAUUUCUUUAAAAGAUAAGGAAGGAAAAAUUAUUACUGUUACAGGAAAUUUUGCACGUAUUGAUGAUGGGGAACUAAAACCUAUGAUUUGUUUAGGUAUG